GAAUUGAUUUUGAUUGAAAACCAAACACACUCUAACUAGAGUAACAAGGAUGAGCGAGCCACUCUGUGUUUCUUCAUGUUUUGUCUUCGAGAGUUAAGACAGACAACUAACUACUCCGAUUGAAGCAAGUGCCGGUUUAGGGUUUAACACACUGCACCGCCACCGCCACCGCCACCACUACCACCGCCACCACCAGACUCUCUCCUCUCUCCUUCACACGGCAGCGCCGGCGAAUCACGCUCUCUUGCUGCCAACACUGUUUGUCCUGCGGCAUCUCUUUCCUGUCGAUCAUCACCAUUCACAACUUGAAUCUCUUGUCCUGAUGUUGAAACCAUUCAAAUCCUCAAUCCAUGUGAGUAGAACUAUGCUACUUCGCUUCAAAAUCCCAUCAUUUCAACUAUGCUCAACUGCAUUUGGAAGAAAAAACAUCAAUGUUAACAAUGACACUGAGAGUGACACAGAGUGGGAGAGGUUACUCAAACCUUUUGACCUCAAACAGCUUCAAAGGUCACUCUCCCCAAUUAGCCCAUUUCAGCUUUGUAAGCUGCUGAAGCUCCCUCUUGACAUUCCAACAUCAAUGGAGUUUUUUCAAAGGGCUGGUGCCCAAAUGGGAUAUUCUCACACUUUUGAUGUGUACUCAAUUUUAAUUGAUAAGCUUGGUGCUGUUGGGGAGUUCAAAGUUAUAGAAAGUUUGUUGAAGCAAAUGAAAGAGGAAGGGAUUGUGUUUCAUGAAUCAUUGUUUCUUUUGAUCAUGAAGCAUUAUGGGAAGGCUGGUUUGCCUGGCCAAGCUCCUAGGCUUUUGUUGGAUAUGAGGAGUGUUUAUUCGUGUGAGCCGACGUUUAAGUCGUACAAUGUUGUGUUGGAAAUUCUGGUUGCUGGAGGUUGUCCUAAGUAUGCUCCUAAUGUUUUCUAUGACAUGUUGAGUAGAGGUGUUUCUCCAACUGUGUUUACAUUUGGGGUGGUCAUGAAGGCGUUGUGCAUGGUUAAUGAGGUUGAUUCGGCUUGCUCGCUUCUGAGGGACAUGACGAAACAUGGGUGUGUUCCGAAUUCGGUCAUUUACCAAACCCUGAUUCAUGCUCUCUCUGUAAACAACAGAGUGAGUGAAGCAGUGAAACUGUUGGAGGAAAUGUUUCUGAUGCGUUGUGAACCUGAUGUUGAGACCUUCAAUGAUGUUAUCCAUGGCCUAUGCAGGGCCGGUCGGAUGCAGGAGGCGGUUAAGGUGCUUAAUCGAAUGCUUCGUGGAGGUUUCAAGGGUGACGCUUUAACUUACGGAUUUUUAAUGCAUGGCUUGUGCAGAAUGGGUAAAGUUGAUGAAGCAACGGACUUGCUAAACCAAAUACCCAAUCUGAACACUACACUUUAUAAUACACUGAUUAAUGGUUAUGUCUCUAGUGGGCGGUUUGAAGAAGCAAAAGAUCUUUUAUAUAAUAGCAUGAUAGUUGCUGGAUAUGAGCCUGAUGCCUUCACAUUUAACAUAAUGAUCGAUGGACUUUGCAAGAAGGGGAAUUUGGCCUCUGCUCUUGAAUUCCUAAAUGAGAUAAUAAUGAAAGGUUUUGAUCCCAAUGUGAUCACAUACACCAUUUUGAUAAAUGGUUUCUGCAAGCAAGGCAGGUUAGAGGAAGCUACGGAGGUUGUGAAUAGCAUGUCAGCCAAGGGUCUCAGUUUGAAUACAGUGGGUUACAAUUGCUUGAUUAGUGCGCUGUGCAAAAGUGGGAAGAUUCAAGAUGCUAGACAAAUGUAUCGUGAAAUGCCAAACAAAGGAUGUAAACCUGACAUUUAUACAUUUAAUUCUUUAAUAGAUGGACUAUGCAAGAAUAAUAAGAUCGAAGAAGCCUUGGAAUUGUAUCAUGAUAUGUUCUUGGAGGGUGUUAUUGCCAACACUGUAACAUAUAACACAUUGAUCCAUGCAUUUAUUGGGAGAGAUUUAAUUCAAGAAGCAUUUAAGCUUGUUGAUGAAAUGUCAUUUAGAGGGUGUCCUCUUGACAAAAUUACGUAUAACGGCCUUAUAAAAGCGCUCUGCAAAACUGGGGCCGUAGAAAAAGGAUUGGGGUUGUUUGAAGAAAUGCUCGGGAAAGGGGUUAUCCCGCAUAUCAGCUCUUGCAAUAUGCUGAUCAAUACCUUCUGUAGGAUUGGAAAAGUAAAUGAUGCUCUUCAAUUUCUUCGUGAUAUGAUUCGUGGUGGUCUUACACCAGAUAUAGUCACUUAUAACUGCCUGAUAAAUGGUCUUUGCAAGAUGGGUCGUGUUCAGGAUGCUUUAAACCUUUUUAGCAGGUUACCAGCUGAAGGACUUCAUCCUGAUGCUUUCACAUAUAACACACUAAUCAGUAGUCACUGCUAUGAGGGUUUGUUUAAUGAGGCAUGUCUGCUUUUAUAUAAAGGUGUGGAUAGCGGGUUCAUACCUAAUGAAAUCACUUGGUCAAUAUUGUUAAAUUAUUUUCAAAAAGAAAAUGUCAAGCGAAGUUAGUCUUUCUUCUAUGGUUGAUAUGGAGUCAAACUGAUCUGUUACAUCAUUCGAACAGCGCUAGCUACCACAGGAAUGAAAAGAAUCAAUUACUCUUGAACAUUCGACGAGUAAAUCGUCCGUAGACUAUUAUGCCAUCAUCGGUUCUGUCAAGUGAUAGCAUAUACAUUGGCCUUCUUGCUGCUGCAGCUCAUGCAGCUGCGACAAAUAGUCCGUUUACCAUAUUCUCUAAUCCUAGGGCAAGCCCAUCGGAAUUUGUCACCUCUUUGGCCAAGUCCGUUAAAGCCGUGUAUCAUUCAUGACUUUCUGUUGGCAUGCGAUUUAGGAUGCUCUUUGAAACAGAAGAAUCAAGUGUCCGGCUGUUGGUAUAGUUACCUUAAAUAUCCUCCCCCCUCCCAAUCACUAUAUCAGUCCCUAACCCUUCUCAAAGAAGAAAAAUUAGCUCAGGGAAGCUUUAUUUGACUUAGGAAGAUACAUGGGGUGCUAUAACCGGUAUUAGUGAGUUAGAUUCGGUCCGCUGGCCAAACUCACACUGCCGUUCUGUGAAGGUUGGCUUGGAUGAGUCCACUGCAAGGGAGAGGCAGCCGAGAGUUUCCUUGUGGGAGAUUGAACCUUUGACAACAUUACCAAUGUAUCCAUCUCCAUUCUCCUUGAGGUUGAGGCGCCCUUGGCCUUCUGGACCUUCUUUAUAUGGUCUCAAGGAUGGUGACAUGAGUAUUGGUGGUUCUCGAUUCUUGUGGCUCCAAGGGAGUUUGUGAACAGUGUCAUUCUCAUACAUCAGGAUACUAUCUCCACUAGAAGUGCAAGAAAUGCGCAGAAGUGUUGCUACUUCUACUUCUUCUCCAAGUCACAAACUUUCUAAUGACGGCAACUCUUGCGAUAAUUAUGUGAGUCCACAAGAGUUUGACGGCAACUUUCUAAUGGCAUGGCACCAAUGGGUUCUUUUCAUUACUAGGAAGUAGGAAUUUCUGCUUCUAAGUAGUUUUAGUUGGAAAAUUGUGGUGGCAGAAUCUUUUACAUUUAUGUAUGGAUUGGUCCAACAUUCUUGUACACAUAAUCACAUAUUAAUGGUUUGACAUGUACUGAUUCUGCAAAGUCUAAAUAGAUCAACAGCAAAUGACUUUAAACUAUAAGUAGGCCACUUUGUUUUUGUAAUGCUUUGUUGCUUAUAGCAGUUAUUAAUUAUUGUCUA